UUUUACCGCACACCCCGAUGCUUCAGAGUUAUCAAACAAACUAAAAAUAUAGUUUCUUUGACAAAUGAUCUAAAACGUUCUAAGCAGAACUACCAAGCGUUGCUGAUCAUCCGUGAUCACCAUCCCCAGAAAUAAAAGUUGGAGUGGGGGAACUUUCGGUGAGGAAGCUAAAAUCCACUGGGCUUAGCUACAAUAAAGAAGGAAAGAAAAGCAGACAGAACAAAAGUCGGCCCCAAAUACAUUAGUCGUUUGCUUUGGUUUAUUGUUUUGUUUCACACCGCCCUGUCCCAAGCACUUCAAGACAAACUUGCAGGCUUGCAGCUGUUAUUUUAUUACCCAAAUGAUCAUUAAGCGCUGUUCUCAUUCAUCCUUCCUCUUUUAUCUCCACCCUCUUUGUUCCUCACCGAAUCAUUGACCCCUUGGAAGCCAUGGAAAAGAGCAGUUCUUCUUGUGAUCAGAAAUUAGUUGAUGGGCUGCUCUGUGUUGCUUUUAUCCCAUUCUGUUUUGAAGAUACGUUGGAGGUUGGAAAUGGCAGUGACUUUAAAGUUCAUAUUUUUUCAUCAUCGUCUGAGUUGCUUGAAAACCUGCACAAGAAGUGGAGUUCAGUGAAAAAGCAACCAUAUCCAGCAAUGUAUUCCAGUGUAUUUGGUGGAAUUAUUCUUGAUCCGGCCAUGAUGGUACUUCCAAUAGAUGAUCACAUGGUUCAUCGGGGGCAUGGUGUGUUUGACACAGCUAUUAUAUUAGAUGGAUACCUCUAUGAGCUGGAUGUUCACUUGGAACGUUUCCUCAGAUCAGCUUCAGAAGCAAAGAUCUCCUCUCCAUUUCCUCGAUCGGUCCUUCGAAGCAUUCUUGUGCAACUGAGUGCAGCAUCUCAAUGUAAGAAAGGAACUCUAAGAUAUUGGUUAAGUGCGGGGCCUGGGGAUUUCUUGCUUUCUCCUGCAGGAUGCACAACGUCGGCAUUCUAUGCUGUAGUCAUAGAUGAUGACAUCUCUCAGCACAAAGACGGAGUUAAAGUGAUAACAUCCACUGUACCCAUGAAGUCGCCCCAAUUUGCAACAAUGAAGAAUGUGAACUACCUUCCAAAUGUCCUUUCACAGAUGGAAGCUGAGGAGAAGGGAUCAUUUGCUUCUAUUUGGGUUGAUGAUGAAGGUUAUAUUGCUGAAGGUCCAAAUGUGAAUGUUGCUUUUAUAAACCAUGAUAAGGAGCUUCUCAUACCUUCGUUUGAUAAGAUCCUUAGUGGGUGCACUGUGAAGAGGCUUCUUGCACUAGCCCCCAAGUUGGUUGAGCAGGGUCAUCUAAAAGCUGUGAGAACUACAAAUAUAACAGUGGAGGAAGCCAAAGGUGCAGCUGAAAUGAUGUUUGUAGGAAGCACGCUGCCUAUAUUGCCCAUCAUCACUUGGGAUGAACAACCCAUUGGAGAUGGGAAGGUAGGAGAAUUGACAAUGGCACUCUCGGAUCUGCUUUGGGAUGAUAUGUUAGCAGGCCCUGAGACGCAGAGGUUACCUGUUCCCCAUGUGUAGUCAAACCGAGUAUAAAGUUGACAGAGUGGUUUCAUCUUGCUUUUAGGUGCCUCAUUCCUGUUAUUCUUCUUGUUGCUUGUUUAAGCAAAGGCCUUCUCUGUCAUUGUCUUCUUUUUUACCUUGAGUUGGUGAAAAAGUUUUUAAUAAAACAUCCACGGUUUGGUCACAGGGAAUUUAUUUAUAUAGCAGAUGCAUAACCUGGCAGCCACUUGUAAAAUAAAAAAAAAAGUAUAUCCUGGUAGCCAAAAGAAGGAGAAACUGAACUGCUUGCUUUGCUGUAUUUGAAACGCUAAGUUCCUGGCAGACCCUUUAUUCGUAUAUGUGAAAAGCAUUUGAUGAAAACAGCUUAUGUUUACUGAA